AGUUAUAUGGGAGUCUGGAUGAUGGGAGUCAGUACUUUUGAUUUCAUGUACUGUAGGAAACAUUUCUGCAUGGAGCCGAAAGACAAGUUAGAAUGUUGAACCCGGACCAUUCAGCAGACAGGUCAACUGAUAUCUGAGGAUCAGCAGACUCUCAAACAAAUGGACAUACUUGAUGCCUCCUGUGAGACCCAUGUGAACAUCCCUGGUUCAGAUUCUUCUUUCUUGUCAUCGAACCAAGGCUAUAGAAAAACAAACAAUCAAAUAUAACACAUGCAUCAAUAACUGGGAAGAAUUAACAUUUAAUCCAUGGAAUAAAGUUAAAAAACUUUACAAAAAUAGAUCAAAUCCGAACUAUGCUGUAGCCUAUUAUUUUGGCCAGGGUUCCCCAAACUCGGAUUUAGUCCACAGGAACUGUCAUUGAUUCAGAGAGAUGUUGCGCGAUUCGACCUCUAGCAGCAGUGUUUCAAGUAGUAACUAGUUAAUUGUUUAUGAUGAACACGAUAUUUACUCCACCAUUGUGCAUACAACGAUACGAAUUUGUCAUCGACUUCGUCAAAAAGAACAAACCCCAAAAGGUGGUAGACUUGGGAUGCAAUGACUGCACUCUCCUUAGGAAGCUGAAGUUUCACAAAGAAAUUGAACUGCUUGCUGGACUGGACAUUGACAGUGCAGUUAUCAGGGAUAACAUGUAUGAACUGGCACCGAUUCCAACUGACUACCUGCAGCCAGGUGAUCAUCCCCUGACCAUUGAGCUGUACCAGGGGUCAGUCACAGAGAGGGAUCCCCGCACCAAAGGAUUUGAUCUGGUGACGAGUAUUGAGCUCAUUGAGCACCUACAGUUUGAGGAUGUGGAUAGGUUCACUGAGGUUGUAUUUGGCUACAUGGCCCCAGUAGCAGCGAUCAUUAGCACUCCAAACGCUGACUUCAACCCCCUGCUCCCCGGGCUGACAGGGUUUAGACACUACGACCACAAAUUUGAGUGGACUAAAGUAGAGUUUCAGACCUGGGCUCUGAAGGUGUGCAGAGAGUUUGGUUAUGUGGUGGCGUUUACAGGUGUAGGACAGAUACCGGCCCAGGAGGAGAGCAUCGGGUUCUGCUCUCAAAUCGGAGUGUUUCAGAUAGACAGGUCAGGAGGUGACGCACCACGUCUGCAAAAUAAUGUGGCAGAGGAGCAUCUUCCUUACAGACUGCUAUACAACGUGGUGUACCCAAGCCUGUGUGACAGCAAUAUCUUCCAGAGGACCCUGGUGAAUGAGGUCCUGUACUGGGCUGAGACCCUGAAGCGAGUGUGGCUGGAGGAGACAUGUGGAGUGGGGGAGGUAGAAUCAGAACAGACAGAUGAAGAAGAGGGUUGUUCGAGAGAAGGAAUGGACAGAGAGGAGAGUAAGACAGGUGAAGAACAGGCAGACAGGGAGCGAGUGGAGGCGGGUGGUAGAGGGUUUGAGGUAGAGAAUGUGGAGGUGGGGGGAGAGGGUAGAACAGACAUGGGACAGGAGGAGCCCUACAGAGAAGGUCAGUCUGUGUGUGUCCCCUUGGUCAGGUUGUGCUCCUGCCCCAGAGUGCAGGCUCUGAGUGGGACAGUCCAGCGUCUCACAAAGUUCCUACUGGAGGACUCUAGAGUACAGCUAACCAACGAUGGCACUGCCGUGGUGUUGGUGGACAGCGAUGAUGAAGAUUUGGAGUGUGAUGAGAACUGUGAUAACACAGGGACAGGUCGGUUCUUGGUCAGUAGUGUGGAGAACGAGGACUGGGAGACAGAGCUUGGUCAGUAGUGUGGAGAACAAGGACUGGGAGACAGAGCUUGGGUGACCUUUGUCAUAUAAGGAGUGUAUUCUUUGAUGUACUAGUGGUGCAGAUUUUCUUUUACCCUGGCAAUAUACAGUUCUAGAACUAGGGGCCAUCAGAUAAGAUUCAACCAUAUCCUUAAAUGAGGAAGGAACAUGUUCCUAAUAAAAUGUCAUGAGAAUAUA